CCGGGGGCGCGCGGGCCGAGGCAGCUGCCCCGUGCGCGGCAUGGAGUCCCCCGAGCCCGGCCCGCCGCACGGCCCCUGGCAGCUGGGCAACGACGCCGGCUACGGCUGCUGCUACGAGCACUCGGCCCGGGGCACCGCGGGCGAGGACGGGGCGCGGGGCCCGGAGCAUCUCCCGCCGCUGCGCCCGGCGCUCUCGUCCUCCUCCUCCGAGGGCGAGCCCGCCGCUGCCCGCCGCCGCGAGCCCAGCCUGAGCGACGAGGCCGGCGGCGGCUACGAGUUCGACUCGGCCGAGUCCGGCACGUCGCUGCGCUACUCCACGGGCGGCGAGGGCAGCGAGGGCGCCGGGCUGGCCAGCAGCGAGAGCGGCGGCAGCGGCUUCUCCCUGGCGGCCGGCGCGCUGCCCGAGCGGAAGCGGCCGCGCUCGGCGGACGGCGGCGGGCGGCCCCGCUACGAGGUGGUGCGGGAGCUGGGUCCCGAGGAGGUGCGCUGGCUCUACCGCGAGGACAGGAAGAGCUGGAAGCCCUUCAUCGGCUACGACUCGCUGCGCCUCGAGCUGGCCUACCGCGCCCUGGGGCCCGGCGACGGCCCCGGCCCGCCCGUCUGCGUGCGCGGCGGGCUCUACGAGGUAGACGUGAGCAGCGCCGAGUGCUACCCGGUCUACUGGCAGCAAACUGAUAAAAUUCCUGUAAUGCGUGGGCAGUGGUUUAUUGAUGGUACAUGGCAGCCAUUAGAAGAAGAAGAAAGCAAUCUAAUAGAACAAGAACAUCUCAAUUGUUUCAAAGGUCAACAAAUGCAAGAGAACUUCGAUAUGGAAGUAUCAAAACCUGUAGAUGGGAAAGAGGUUGUCUACCACCUCCCUCCCUUCUCCCUCCCUUCUCUGUUCAAAUGGAGAGGAUAUAAGGAGAGUACAGAUGCUGCAUGUCUUAAACGAAAGCGUUCCCAAGCUGUUCAUAGUUUCAAGUUGAGUCGCAACCACGUGGACUGGCACAGUGUAGAUGAAGUGUAUCUUUACAGUGAUGCAACAACAUCUAAAAUUGCAAGAACUGUUACACAAAAAUUGGGAUUUUCCAAAGCUUCAAGUAGUGGGACAAGGCUUCAUAGAGGCUAUGUAGAAGAAGCUACAUUAGAAGACAAGCCAUCGCAAACUACUCACAUUGUGUUUGUUGUGCAUGGUAUUGGGCAGAAAAUGGACCAAGGAAGAAUCAUCAAAAAUACAGCUAUGAUGCGAGAUACUGCAAGAAAAAUAGAAGAGAAGUACUUUUGCAAUCUUGCAACACAUGUUGAGUUUCUGCCUGUUGAAUGGAGAUCAAAACUUGCUCUUGAUGGAGACACCGUUGAUUCCAUUACUCCUGAUAAAGUACGUGGUUUAAGGGAUAUGUUGAACAGCAGUGCAAUGGAUAUAAUGUAUUAUACAAGUCCUCUUUAUAGAGAUGAACUAGUAAAAGGCCUUCAACAGGAGCUGAACCGGUUAUAUAUGCUGUUCUGUUCUCGGAAUCCAGAGUUUGAAGAAAAAGGAGGGAAAGUCUCAAUUGUGUCACAUUCCCUUGGAUGUGUAAUUACUUAUGACAUAAUGACUGGCUGGAAUCCAGUAAGACUGUAUGAACAAUUGCUGCAGAAGGAAGAGGAGGAUCUUGAAGACCGUUGGAUGAGCUAUGAGGAGCAACGUUUGCUUGAAGAACUUUACAUAACUAAACAACGAUUGAGAGAGAUAGAAGAAAGGUUACAUGAAUUAAAGGCAUCAACCAUAUCGAAAAUGCCUGCCUUAAAAUUUAAGGUUGAGAAUUUCUUCUGUAUGGGAUCUCCAUUAGCAGUGUUUUUGGCAUUGCGUGGCAUCCGUCCAGGAAACAGUGGAAGUCAAGAUCACAUUCUGCCCAGAACUAUUUGUAACCGGUUGCUAAACAUUUUUCAUCCAACAGAUCCAGUGGCCUAUAGACUAGAACCUUUAAUUUUGAAGCACUACAGCAACAUUUCACCUGUCCAGAUCCAUUGGUACAACACUGCAAACCCUCUACCUUAUGAACACAUGAAGCCGAGCUUUCUCAACCCAACAAAAGAACCUACCUCAGUCACCGAGAGUGAAAGUAUACCAACCAUACCAAGCCCAGCUACUUCACCAGUCAUGGUUCGACGCCAUUAUGGGGAGUCAAUAACAAAUAUAGGCAAAGCAAGUAUAUUAGGAGCUGCUAGCAUUGGGAAGGGCCUUGGAGGGAUGUUGUUCUCAAGAUUUGGCCGAUCUAGUGCACCCACUUCACAAACAUCUGAGACUGGAAAAGAGGGAACAGAAGGCGAAGACAAGAAGCCAGUUCCCAUUCAUUCUACUGUUGGAAUGCCGACCUUCCCACACAGCAGCUCCGGCUUCCUUGAUCCCACAUUGGAACUGGAGCACAGGAUCGACUUUGAGCUCAGGGAAGGUCUUGUGGAGAGCAGAUACUGGUCUGCAGUAACAUCGCACACUGCAUAUUGGUCAUCUAUGGAUAUUGCUCUCUUUCUUCUUACCUUCAUGUAUAAACAGGACCAAGAAGAUGCUGACAAAUCAAAUUUAGACCCUGUUUGAAAUUUUUUGUUGUUUUUUUUUUAAUUUUUUAUUAUUUUGAGGAGAGUGGGAAUUUUACAACAAAUGGCACAAAACUGAUAUUUUACUGUUAAAACGUAGUGUCUAAGGCAUGGAAGUUUCAGGUUUAAGUGUGUGUUUGGGGAUUUUCCUGUUUUUAAAGAGCAGAAAUUAUUUGUAUUUAAAAACAUUUCAUUUUACACAUUUGCAGACCUAAAAUUAUUCCAAAUUCUCAUGACUUUGAUUCUAUAAACAAGCCAGAACAUGUAGCAUCACAUAAGCACAGUUGGCGCAAUGUGUUUGGGUGACAUAUGUGCUAAUGACCAUAAUUGCUGUUUAGUUCAUUAAAAUAUAAAGAUUAGUCAACUGAAACUAAAUUAACUUUCAUUAACAAAACAUAUGUUAGAUACAAACCUAAAACUGCCAUGUUCCUAUGUUUUAUGUAACAGUAAAUAAUAAACAUUGGUGUCAUUUUUUUCUAAGACUUCAUUGAAAUCUACAGGAUAUUACCCACAGUUCCAUUAAAGACCAUUCUUACUGCUGACUUCAAGGGUGUAUUACACAUAACUUGUUUAGAAACUGCUGAAAAAGCAUGAAACAAAUAUUUGAAAUACUGUAAUUAUAAUUUAUUAUUACCUCUGACUAAUUGCUUCAUUUAUUCCAGUGUACAAAACAUUACUUUUUUACUGGUUUCUUUUGGCUUAAUUUAAGAACCACAUUUAUUUUCUACAGUGUUAUGACUUUUUCUCAGAUAUACAUAUCUUUGUACUAUUCAAAUGAAUAUAUGGACACUGUGGCACACUUUCAGUAUUUUUUUCAUUAAAAAUAAAUCUUUGUGGUUUCACACAAAUGACACUAGUUACAUGCUUCUCAAAGGUAAGUAACCUCUUUCAGAGGCCCCUUGCCUUUUUGGUCACAUGUCUCACAAAUGACUGAAAGCUUAUUUUGGGCCUCUCAUUAGACUUAAUUUGCAGUAGCCGAGUGUAUUCCAUUUACUGCUACUGAAAAUAUGUGCAAUAAUGUAUUGAGAAGAAAGAGUGCAACUUAAAAUGAAUUUGGUGAGCUCAGAAGUAUUUGCAUAAUUGAUAUCAGAAGCAAACAGUGAUACUUUUUAUUAAAAAACAAACAAAAGA